CUGGGUUCAAGUAGUAUUUGAAAUCGUUUCAAAAUCUUUCAUUGUGGCUCGAUGCAGGUUGCCUGUCGCAAUGGAACCAAUUAGAAUAUUCACAAAAUUGCGAACCCCAACCCAUCUGGCAUUCUAGACAGGAUAAAGCAAACGGUAGUAUUUAAACCCAGUUGGACGCCUGUAUAAUCAGUAGUACAGGUAUGACCAGUAGUACAGGUAUGACCAGUAGUACAGGUAUGACCGGUAGUACAGGUAUGACCGGUAGUACAGGUAUGACCACUAGUACAGGUAUGACCACUAGUACAGGUAGGACCGGUAGUACAGGUAUGACCAGUAGGACAGGUAUGACCAGUAGUGCAGGUAUGACCGGUAGUGCAGGUAUGACCGGUAGUGCAGGUGUGACUGGUAGUACAGGUAUGACCGGUAGUACAGCUAUGACCGGUAGUACAGGUAUGACCACUAGUACAGGUAGGACCGGUAGUACAGGUAUGACCAGUAGGACAGGUAUGACCAGUAGUGCAGGUAUGACCGGUAGUGCAGGUAUGACCGGUAGUGCAGGUGUGACCGGUAGUACAGCUAUGACCGGUAGUACAGGUAUGACCGGUAGUACAGGUAUGACCGGUAGUACAGCUAUGACCAGUAGUACAGCUAUGACCAGUAGUACAGGUAUGACCGGUAGUACAGGUAUGACCAGUAGUACAGGUAUGACCAGUAGUACAGGUAUGACCAGUAGUACAGCUAUGACCAGUAGUACAGGUAUGGCCGGUAGAACAGGUAUGACCAGUAGUACAGCUAUGACCGGUAGUACAGGUAUGGCCGGUAGAACAGGUAUGACCAGUAGUACAGCUAUGACCAGUAGUACAGGUAUGGCCGGUAGAACAGGUAUGACCAGUAGUACAGCUAUGACCGGUAGUACAGGUAUGACCAGUAGUACAGGUAUGACCAGUAGUACAGGUAUGACCAGUAGUGCAGGUAUGACCAGUAGUACAGGUAUGACCAGUAGGACAGGUAUGACCAGUAGUGCAGGUAUGACCAGUAGUACAGGUAUGACCAGUAGUACAGGUAUGACCGGUAGUACAGGUAUGACCGGUAGUACAGGUAUGACCGGUAGUACAGCUAUGACCGGUAGUACAGGUAUGACCAGUAGUACAGGUAUGACCAGUAGUACAGGUAUGACCAGUAGUGCAGGUAUGACCAGUAGUACAGGUAUGACCAGUAGGACAGGUAUGACCAGUAGUGCAGGUAUGACCAGUAGUACAGGUAUGACCGGUAGUACAGGUAUGACCGGUAGUACAGGUAUGACCGGUAGUACAGGUAUGACCAGUAGUACAGGUAUGACCAGUAGUACAGGUAUGACCAGUAGUACAGGUAUGACCAGUAGUACAGGUAUGACCAGUAGUACAGGUAGGACCAGUAGUACAGCUAUGACCAGUAGUACAGGUAUGGCCGGUAGAACAGGUAUGACCAGUAGUACAGCUAUGACCGGUAGUACAGGUAUGGCCGGUAGAACAGGUAUGACCAGUAGUACAGCUAUGACCAGUAGUACAGGUAUGGCCGGUAGAACAGGUAUGACCAGUAGUACAGCUAUGACCGGUAGUACAGGUAUGACCAGUAGUACAGGUAUGACCAGUAGUACAGGUAUGACCAGUAGUGCAGGUAUGACCAGUAGUACAGGUAUGACCAGUAGGACAGGUAUGACCAGUAGUGCAGGUAUGACCAGUAGUACAGGUAUGACCAGUAGUACAGGUAUGACCGGUAGUACAGGUAUGACCGGUAGUACAGGUAUGACCGGUAGUACAGCUAUGACCGGUAGUACAGGUAUGACCAGUAGUACAGGUAUGACCAGUAGUACAGGUAUGACCAGUAGUGCAGGUAUGACCAGUAGUACAGGUAUGACCAGUAGGACAGGUAUGACCAGUAGUGCAGGUAUGACCAGUAGUACAGGUAUGACCAGUAGUACAGGUAUGACCGGUAGUACAGGUAUGACCGGUAGUACAGGUAUGACCGGUAGUACAGGUAUGACCAGUAGUACAGGUAUGACCGGUAGUACAGGUAUGACCGGUAGUACAGGUAUGACCGGUAGUACAGGUAUGACCAGUAGUACAGGUAUGACCGGUAGUACAGGUAUGACCGGUAGUACAGGUAUGACCGGUAGUACAGGUAUGACCAGUAGUACAGGUAUGACCAGUAGUACAGGUAUGACCAGUAGUACAGGUAUGACCGGUAGUACAGGUAUGACCAGUAGUACAGGUAUGACCGGUAGUACAGGUAUGACCAGUAGUACAGGUAUGACCGGUAGUACAGCUAUGACCGGUAGUACAGGUAGGACCAGUAGUACAGGUAUGACCAGUAACUGGGAGAUGCUGGCUGGCCAUGAUCCUUGCAGCGACUGGGAUCAUGAAAUCAGACACCUGCUCUCUCUUUCACUCACCUCUGGGAGACGUGAAGAAACAUGACCAGGCUUUAUCCAUCUGAGCAAACCCUCCAAUCAGACAGACGGAGCCAGCGGGGUGGGUAGCUACUUCUCCAUGACGUUUACACCAGGCAGCGUGCCACGUCCGUACAGAUGAUCCAUUAUAUUGACCAGGUACUCAAGUGGCCGCUCUAACGACCGACAAUAAAUAUCUUCUUAAAAUGGAAAGCAGUUGGAAGGAGGCAAGAUCAAGUGGGACCAUUUCUAGCCAAUGAGAUGGCAGAUACACGUGUGAACAACAAAGUGUUCAUAUUCGAUCAAAUAAGCCUCAUGUAUCAAAUAAGCCAUUACAGUUUUUGUUGACCAAAUUCAACACUCUCUCAUUGACCGUACAAAAAGUCCUUGCUUGGUGACGGGGAAACCCCUCUCGGUGAGCCCCAAAUAUUAUAUAUAAACCCCACCUGCUAGAGAAGACAGUUAUCCCUUUCCCUUCGCCUCUUCCUCUCUGUCGUCAGAGAUCAUUUUGUGUCCAAGGUUGAUGAUGAUGAUGAUGAUGAAAGGUCAAAGGUCAGGGAUCACAUCAGGCUAUAGUCUAGUCAACAGAUUCUAGCAGAGGCAUAAACAUCCCUCUACAGAGAGGUCACAUGACCCCCUAAAGUUAUGAAAUAUAACCUGUCUGGAGAUUGUUGUCGAAGUCUUCCUCAUUGACACUAACGUCCCGUCCUCCCGUCCCCCCGU